AGGUUUUCUUUACUUAGGGAUUUUUGGACUGACAUUAUUGCCAUUAUUUAUUAAUUUUUUUUUUUGCCCAAAUCAAGAGGUUUCAUAACUGUUUAAUCUCUCUCUCUACCAAUUCCCUUUCCAACAUUACUACCCACAGAGUUUGCCAAUCAACAAUAAACACAACAGUAGUCUGGAGGUCUCAAUUUGUAUCUUGGGAAGCAUUAUAAACUUUCCAACUCCCUAGACACAAAUGUAGAGAAAAAAGCCCCUUGUUUUCUAUACCAGAAACUGUGUGCUUUGUCUUGUAAUUCAGACAUUUACAAGAAAAUCUGUAUCACCUUAAAUUAAGAUUUAUGUUAAAUGCGAUCUAAAACCAACAGAGUUAUGUAUCGUUUUCUUUUUUAGAAUGAUUUUAUUCAAGCAAGCAACUUAUUUCCUUUCCUUGUUUGCUACGGUUUCCUGUGGAUGUCUGACUCAACUAUAUGAAAACACCUUCUUCAGAGGUGGGGAUGUGGCUUCCCUGUACACCCCGAACGCCCAGCACUGCCAGAUGAUGUGCACGUUCCACCCAAGGUGCUUGCUAUUCAGUUUUCUUCCAGCAAGUUCCAUCAAUGACAUGGAGAAAAGGUUUGGCUGCUUCUUGAAAGAUAGUGUUACAGGAACCCUGCCAAAAGUACAUCGAGCAGGUGCAAUUUCUGGACAUUCCUUAAAGCAAUGUGGUCAUCAAAUAAGUGCUUGCCACCGAGACAUUUAUAAAGGGAUUGAUAUGAGAGGAGUCAAUUUUAAUGUAUCUAAGGUUAGCAGUGUUGAAGAAUGCCAAAAACGGUGCACCAACAACAUUCGCUGCCAAUUUUUUUCAUACGCCACACGAACAUUUCACAAUGCAGAGUACCGGAACACUUGCCUGUUAAAGCACAGUCCUGGAGGAACACCUACCACUAUAAAGGUGCUGAAUAACGUGGAAUCUGGAUUCUCACUGAAGCCCUGUGCCCUUUCAGAAAUUGGCUGUCAUAUGAACAUCUUCCAGCAUCUUGCCUUCUCGGAUGUGGAUGUUGCCAGAGUUCUCGCUCCAGAUGCUUUUGUGUGUCGAACCAUCUGCACCUAUCAUCCCAGCUGCCUCUUCUUUACGUUCUAUACGAACGCGUGGAAGAUCGAGUCACAAAGGCCAGUAUGCACGGCUGGCACCUGCUGCUGUACUUUCAUCACUUUUAUUUUAGAGUCUGAAAACACCACAUCUGAUACAGCCUUUAACCUGCAAAGAACUUUACCUGAACCCUGCCAUUCUAAAAAUUUACGAGUUGACUUUGGAGGAGAAGAAUUGAAUGACUUUCAAGUAAAGGAGUGAAUGUCAAGAGAUUUGCACAAAGAGAUGAUUCGCUGUCAGUCUUUUCACUUAUUCUUUACUCCAGAAGACUGUAAGGAAUUUAGGUGUAAGUGUUUCUUAAGAUUAUCUUCGGAUGGUUCUAACCAGGAUUACAUAUGGGACAUACAAGGAGCUCUGGUUACUUCUUUGAGAUUGUGUAACACUGGGGACAGCUCUGUCUGCACAACAAAACAAGCUCACGAUUGUGGGAGGAACAACCUUCUCAGAGAGUGGCCUUGGCAGGUGAGCCUGCAGGUGAAGCUGAUGGCUCAGAGGCACCUGUGUGGAGGGUCACCAGGACACCAGUGGGUCCUCACUGCUGCCCACUGCUUUGAUGGGCUUCCCUUACCGGAUGUUUGGCGCAUUUAUAGUGGCAUUUUAAAUCUGUCAGACAUUACGAAAGAAACACCUUUCUCACAAAUAAAGGAGAUCAUUAUUCACCAAAACUAUAGAAUCUCAGAAGGGAAUCAUGAUAUCGCCUUAAUAAAACUCCAGGCUCCUUUGAAUUACACUGAAUUCCAAAAACCAAUAUGCCUACCUUCCAAAGGUGACACAGACACAAUUUAUACCAACUGUUGGGUAACUGGAUGGGGCUUCUCGAAGGAAAAAGGUGAAAUCCAAGAUAUUCUACAAAAGGUAAAUAUUCCUUUGGUAACAAAUGAAGAAUGCCAGAAAAGAUAUCAAGAUUAUAAAAUAACCCAACGGAUGGUCUGUGCUGGCUAUAAAGAAGGGGGAAAAGAUGCUUGUAAGGGAGAUUCAGGGGGUCCCUUAGCUUGCAAACACAAUGGAAUGUGGCGUUUGGUGGGCAUCACCAGCUGGGGCGAAGGUUGUGCCCGCAGGGAGCAACCUGGUGUCUACACCAAAGUCGCUGAGUACAUGGACUGGAUUUUAGAGAAAAUACAGAGCAGUGAUGGAAACGCUCGGAUGCAGGCGCCAGCAUGAGGAGCAGCCCAGAGUCUUGGCGAGUUUUACAACCUGGGUUCAAGUCAAAUUCUGAGCCUGGGGAUCCUCAUCUGCAAAGCAUGGAGAGUGGCAUCUACUUUGCAUCCUGUUGUAAGGACAAAAGACAGUGCACUCAGAGCUGCUGAGGUCAAUGUUUUGCUGAAGCCAGCUUUCAGCAUUCAGUAACUGGGAGCUGAUAAUGUGAAGUCGCAACCGAGAUCUCCAUGAUUGUGUGUUGUAAAAUAAAAUGGCAAAAGAUCA